AUGGCAAGCACCAGAGUUUUUGUCUCUGGCCUUCCGCCAACUUUCUCUGAUGAUCAAUUGAGAAAGCACUUUGCUAGUCGCUUCCAAGUCACGGAUGCUCAUGUAUUGCCCAAGCGCAGGAUCGGCUUCGUGGGCUUCAAGAGCCCCGAGGCUGCCCAAGAGGCUGUGUCUUAUUUCAAUAAGACAUACGUGAAGAUGUCAAAGAUCUCAGUAGAUAUUGCCAAGCCGAUUGAUGCCGAACCUACCCCCAGAGCUCGCAAGGCUUUUAACCCCAAGGAAUCUGAUGAUGAUGCGGGAAGUUCGCUCAAGCGUAAGCGUGAUGGCGACAAGGCCGAAGAUCCAAAGCUGCAGGAAUACCUUUCUGUAAUGCAGCACUCAUCCAAGACUAAGACUUGGGCCAACGACGAUGCUAUCCCUAAAGUCCCGGAGUCAAACUCACCUGCAGAGAAGCCCGUCGAAGAGGAAGAAGAGGAACCACAAGAGCUUACUUACGCCCAGAGAAAGAAGGCCAAGCUUGGCGACGCCUCGGGCAACCCCAGAGAGUCGCAUGUUGCGGAGCAGCAGGUUGAAGCUGAACCUGAACCCAUGGUCGUUGAUCACAGUGGUGAGGGCGAUGCUGAGUCCCCUGCGGCUCAAGACGAUACUGCCGCCCCGGCUGAAGAACAGGGACCUGUCUCGGAUGCGGACUGGCUUCGCUCCAAGACGAGUCGUCUUCUCGGCCUCCUUGACGAGGACGAACAGGCUGAUUUUGGAACUUCCGCGCCAGAGAAGACUACCUCCCCUGAGGCAGAGACUGGGAUGGAAGUCGACACAGUACCUGCUCAGGACAUCUCACCCACCGAAGAAGCUCCCGCUGGUAAAAUGGCGAAAGAGCCGGAGGUCGAUACAAACAUUGAGAACAUUCGCAUCUCAGCACGUCUUUUCGUUCGCAAUCUGGCCUAUGACACGUCGGAUUCUGAUCUUCAACCGAUAUUCGCUCCUUUCGGCCAAAUUGAAGAGAUUCACGUUGCUGUUGAUACUCGGUCAAACACCAGCAAGGGCUUUGCUUAUAUUCAGUAUGCCAAUUCUGAUGCUGCCGUAGAGGCCUACAAGCAGCUGGAUGGCAAGCACUUUCAAGGACGUUUGAUGCAUAUUCUACCGGCUGCUGCCAAGAAGACAUACAAGAUUGACGAGAUUGAGUUGGCGAAGCUGCCGCUGAAGAAGCAAAAGCAGAUUAAGAGGAAAAUGGAAGCUUCAUCCUCGUCUUUCAGCUGGAACUCGCUCUACAUGAAUGCCGACGCUGUCAUGUCUUCAGUAGCUGAACGCCUUGGUGUUUCGAAAGCAGAUUUGCUGGACCCCACAUCGUCUGAUGCAGCAGUCAAGCAGGCGCACGCUGAGACGCACGUAAUCCAAGAGACGAAAGCCUACUUCUCAGCUAAUGGCGUCAACAUCGAAGCCUUUAAGCAACGGGAACGUGGAAACACGGCUAUCCUAGUGAAGAACUUCUCGUAUGGCGUCAAGACUGAGGACAUUAGAAGACUCUUUGAUCCGUACGGGCAGAUCACCAGGUUGCUGAUGCCACCCAGUGGUACCAUAGCAAUCGUUGAGUUUUCUCGCCCUGACGAGGCCCAGAAAGCCUUCAAAGGCUUGGCGUACCGCAAACUAGGGGAUUCGAUCCUCUUUUUAGAAAAAGCACCCAAGGAUCUAUUUGAUCCGAACGUCGUGCCGCAGAAACCAACCACUGAGAUCAAGGCUGUUUCGCAAGGAUUCUCCACGGCUGACACAUUUGCGGCAGAUGAGGCUGUUGAUGAUAAUCUGCCCACUACCACCUUAUUCGUAAAGAACCUCAACUUCGCUACCACCAAUCAGAGCUUCGUGGAUCUCUUCCGGCCACUUGAUGGAUUCAUUACUGCUAGGAUCAAGACCAAGCCUGAUCCAAAACGCCCCGGACAGACUCUCAGCAUGGGUUUUGGCUUUGUGGAGUUCCGCACCAAGGCCCAGGCCCAAGCUGCUCUGGCCGCGAUGAAUGGCUACAAGCUUGAUCAGCAUGCACUGGUGGUUCGGGUGUCUCACCGUGGAAUGGAUGCUGCGGAGGAGAGGAGGCGGGAAGAUACCGCGAAGAAGGUUGCCGCCAGACGCACGAAGAUCAUCAUCAAAAACUUGCCGUUUCAGGCUACCAAGAAGGACAUCCGGUCACUCUUUGGCGCCUAUGGCCAGCUUCGCUCCGUGCGAGUGCCUCAGAAGUUUGACAGGACGGCUCGUGGUUUCGGUUUUGCUGACUUUGUAAGCGCUCGUGAAGCGGAGAAUGCCAUGGACGCCCUUAAGAACACCCACUUGUUGGGCAGAAAGCUGGUGCUAGAAUUCGCCAACGAGGAGGCGAUCGAUGCUGAGGAAGAGAUUAAGCAGAUUGAGAAGAAGGUAGGAGAGCAGAUGGACAGGGUGAAGCUACAAAAACUUAGUGGUCCUGGGCGCAAGAAGUUCACUGUAGGGGCCCAGGACGAGGAGUAG